CAAAUCACGAAGCUUUUACCUCCUUCCCCUCCGCUUCUCCUCCUGCUCUGCCGCCGCCGCAGCGCUUGGAAUCUCCCUCAUGAUGGUGUCUACCGGCAAGAAGACGAAAAAGAGUCAUGAGAGCAUAAACAACAGACUGGCGCUUGUGAUGAAGAGUGGUAAAUACACUCUUGGUUACAAGACUGUCCUAAAAUCCCUCAGGAACUCUAAAGGAAAAUUGAUAUUGAUAUCAAACAACUGCCCGCCAUUGAGAAAGUCGGAGAUUGAAUACUACGCCAUGCUCGCUAAAGUCGGUGUUCAUCACUACAAUGGAAACAAUGUUGAUCUGGGAACAGGAUGUGGAAAGUAUUUCCGUGUAUCAUGCCUAAGCAUCAUUGACCCUGGUGAUUCUGAUAUCAUCAAGUCCCUGCAUGGAGAUCAGUAAAUCGCCAUGCUAGAAAAUGUAGAACCAUUUUUUUAAUGGGUUACGAAGAAAUCCUCCAUUUUUAUUUUCAUUUUUUGCCCUUGAUUGAAGAUGUUUGAAUCUUUUUCGAGUUUCGAGUUUAUUUUGACAGGUGUGGGACAUUGGUUUGUGCUGUAAUCAACUAUCGAUACCCUUUGAAAGACGAGGCUAUCACUGUCAAUCAGGACAGUGAGUCUCAUUUCAUUUUGUCUUUCCAACUCGGCCUUGCUUAAUUUCCUCAGUGUGUUAUUACAAUUUGAAGUUUUGCUUCACGAA